ACCCCAAGACAAAUUAUAAAUUCAGUUCCCUUGUCCUUUGUUCUCCUCAUAGCAAUGUGCAUCCCUUCCAUGCAGCUUCCCUCUGCAUAACAUAUAUAGAAAUCUCUCUUUCUCUCUCUUCUAAAGACUCUCUCUCUAUCUCUCUCUCUCCUCUUCCAUUCUCAAUCAAGAUGGCUGGAGCUGUUGCAGUGGAAACAAACAAAGAUGAGGGCUUCAAUGCUCCAGACAGCAAUGCUUUCGGCCAUUCUUUCAGAGACUAUGACAAGGAGAGUGAGAGAAGAGCUGGUGUGGAAAAUUUCUACAAGACUAACCACAUCAAUCAGACUUACGAAUUUGUAACCAAGAAGAAAGAGGAGUUUGAGAAACUAAACAGGGCAAAAAUGAGCAUAUGGGAAUGCUGCGAGCUUUUGAAUGAAACAGUGGAUGAGAGUGAUCCCGAUCUUGAUGAACCCCAGAUUGAGCAUCUUCUUCAAUCCGCUGAAGCUAUUAGGAGGGACUAUCCCGAUCAAGAUUGGUUGCACCUCACUGCACUCAUUCACGAUCUGGGCAAGGUUUUGCUGCACCCCAAGUUUGGAGCUGAGCCACAAUGGUGUGUUGUUGGUGAUACCUACCCACUUGGAUGUGCUUUUGAUGAGUCCAUUGUCUAUCAUAAGUACUUUGAGCAGAACCCAGACUUUAAACAUCCAGUUUACAGCACAAAGUUGGGAGUAUACAAGGAGAACUGUGGGCUUGAGAAUGUCACCAUUUCCUGGGGUCACGACGACUACAUGUACACUGUGAUGAAGGAAAACAAGUCAACUCUUCCAUCUGCAGCGUUCUUCAUCAUCAGAUUCCACUCCUUCUAUCCAUUGCACACAAGUGGUGCAUACUCCUAUCUGAUGAAUGAUGAGGACACAGAAAAUCUCAAGUGGUUGAAAAUCUUCAACAAGUAUGAUCUCUACAGCAAGAGCAAGGUCAGAGUCGAUGUUGAAAAAGUCAAGCCUUACUAUCUCUCCCUCAUUGAAAAGUACUUUCCAGCCAAGCUUAGAUGGUGAAUAGAAUGACAUAUAUAUGAUCUUUUUAACGAGUUUUAAGAUACUCGUUAACAAAACUUAAAAUAAUUGUACAAAUUUUAUCAUCUACACGGUCAUAAAAAUGUGCAAUUAUUUCAUUAACAAAA